CACAAGGAUAACUUCCGACCGACUUAUAUUAGGAUACUCAGCGGUUGACACCUGCUCAGUUUCGUUGUCAAAACUGAAGAAGUGCUUUAUUGGCGUAUUGCUGGCGAAGAUAAUUGCGUCAAAGGUUCGUGGGUGAAUCUGUUUUCAAAUUCCUGAUCCAUUACCACAUGCCUCUAUAAUGAAGCGGGUAGCAAUUAUUGGAGCUGGAUCGGCAGGUCUUGCCGCAGCAAAAGCAUGCAGAGAAGAAGGUAUUGAUUUUGUUGUCUUCGAACGAUCUGGAAGAGUGGCUGGACUAUGGAAUUACAGAGAGGAAGAUGUUGAUGGGCAAGCGUCUGUCAUGAAAACGACGGUCAUCAACUCCAGUAAAGAAAUGAGUGCCUUCAGCGAUUUUCCACCUCCGAAGGAAUUUCCUAACUACAUGCACAACAGAAUGAUGUGCAAGUACUUUCAUAUGUAUGCGGAAAAGUUUGAUUUGUUGGAUAAUAUUCGUUACUACCAAGAGGUCAUAAAAGUAGUUCAAGCUCCAGACUACGAUGCCACGGGUAGAUUAGUUGUUACUGCACAAAAUACAAACGAUAAAAGUACCACUGUAGAAACCUUUGAUGGCGUAAUGGUGUGCACGGGACAUCAUGGAUACCCACAUGUACCAAAAUUCAAGGGACAAGAAGACUUCAAAGGGAAAAUUGUGCACACACAUUCCAUACGUGUGCCUGAUGCAUUCAAGGAUCAAAAAGUCCUUAUAAUUGGAGUGGGAAAUUCCGGACUAGAUGCCUCUGUGGAUAUUAGCAAUGUUGCAAAACAGGUGUAUCUUAGUACCAGACGAGGAACUUGGAUUAUGUUCAGACUGGGGAAGUAUGGACUUCCUGCUGAUACUCAAUUUCUAACAAGAUUUUUUGAUUUCGUGAAAGAUAUUUGUGGGUGGAACAUAGCCAAUUCUUAUAUUGAACGGUACCUGGAUAGCAAGUUCAACCAUGAGAUAUAUAAUUUGAAACCAAAACAUCGAUACAAUGCUCAGCAUCUUGCUAUCAAUGAUCAUCUUCCGAAUAAGAUACUUGCCGGAACAGUCAUUGUUAAAGGAGAUGUUGAUCAUUUUACAGAGAAAGGUGUGAUAUUUAAAGGAGAAGAAAACGUAACCAAAAUCGAUUCAAUUGUUUUGGCAACUGGAUACAAAAUCAAAUAUCCGUUUUUGAGCGAUAAAAUAUUGGAUACAACAAACAACAAAGCUGAUUUAUACAAAUUUGUUUUUCCUCCUGGCCUUAAACAUUCUUCUUUGGCAAUUAUUGGUUUAAUACAACCAUUUGGAUCCUUAUUUCCGAUAUUCGAGAUACAAUCUCGAUGGUAUGCCCAGCUUCUCAAUGGCAAGGUUAAGUUUCCAUCACCUGAUUUAGUUUUGGCGGACGUCCAAAAAAAGAAGAAGGAAUUAGCUGAACGUUAUGUUGGUACUCCCAGGCAUACAGUGCAAGUAGAUUAUAUUGCUUACAUGGAUGAAAUCGCUUCACAGUUUGGAGCCAGACCAAAUCUGAAGAAGAUGGCUCUAACAGAUCCUCUGCUAUUUUAUCAUUGCUUUAUGGGCCCUUGCACUCCGUAUCAGUACCGCUUAGAAGGUCCACAUGCUUGGCCUGAAGCAAGACGUACAAUUAUAACUACGAAUGAGAGAAUUAUGAAGCCGCUAAACACUCGUAAUGGGAAACUUGUAAGUGAUCACAUGGGAAAAUAUUUGAUGAUUUGGAUAAUUUCGUUUUUCAUUCUGUGUUUCGCUCUUUUUCUGGUUCAUGCUUUCGCAUGAACAUUGUAUCCUUGAACUAUAAUAUUGUGUUUUAUAGGCUUCCUGUAGUUUACAACUACUUAUGAGCAGUUAUAACCACCAAAACUUUACAGAAAGCUCAUGCUUUCCGAAUUUUUGAUAGCUUUUAUUUUUAUCUGUCCAAACUUGUUUUGCUUUAAAUGUCUUGUAUACUGUUAUUCAUUGUAAAUAAAUGCACCAACAUGUAUCUGUCGCAAUUUGCUUCUUUUUUCUCCUGUAUGUUAUU